UGGAAAAUGUUAACUAACCAGUUACUUGGUUACUCACAUCAAACGACUAGUCAACUUUAAAAAGCUGCAUUAAGCCUUUCUUAUUAAUUUGAAAUCAUCUUUGUACUGUAAUUGAAGUAUAAUUUUGGAUACAUCUAGUGAUGUCAGUUACUUGGCGAUCAAAAACAACUCACAAUGUCUCAACUCGAGUGGUAAAAUCAGAUGAAGCCGAUGAUUGGGAAACUGAUCCAGAUUUUGUGAACGAUGUAUCAGAAGAGGAGCAACGUUGGGGAUCUAAAACUGUUGAGGGAUCGGGUCGAGUUGUUGGUGCUUUAGAUGUCAAUGAGCUCCAGAAAAAGGUGGAAAUUGAACAUCAAAAAUUUAAAGAAGAGUUUAUUCAUGUUUCACAAGUUGACGCUAAGAAAGGAUUUGGAGGAAAAUUUGGUGUAGAUAAAGACAGAGUUGAUAAAUCUGCUGUUGGCUGGGAAUAUCAAGAAAAAUUGUCUAAACAUGCCUCACAGAAGGAUUAUUCAACUGGCUUUGGUGGCAAAUUUGGUGUACAAAAAGAUCGUGUUGAUAAAUCUGCUGUUGGCUGGGAACAUAAAGAGGUUUUGGAUAAACAUGCAUCUCAAAAAGAUUAUGUAACUGGUUUUGGGGGAAAGUUCGGAGUACAAAAAGACCGUGUUGACAAAUCAGCUGUUGGCUGGGAACAUCAUGAAACGGUUGAAAAGCAUCAAUCACAAAAAGAUCAUAAUAUUGGAUUUGGUGGUAAAUUUGGUGUCCAAAAAGAUCGUGUCGAUAAAUCAGCUCAUGGUUGGGAAUAUCAUGAAAAAGUCGAGAAACACGAGUCUCAGAAAGAUUACACGACUGGGUUUGGAGGCAAAUUCGGUAUCCAAAAAGACAGGGUUGAUAAAUCAGCAGUUGGCUGGGAACACCGAGAAGUGGUUGAGAAACAUCAAUCACAAAAAGAUCAUUCCGUUGGUUUCGGUGGUAAAUUUGGUGUGCAGAAAGAUCGUGUCGAUAAAUCAGCUCAUGGUUGGGAGUAUCAUGAGAAGGUUGAGAAACACGAGUCUCAGAAAGAUUAUUCGAAAGAAUUUGGUGGAGCUUUUCGUCUAGAAAAGGAUAAAGUUGACAAAGCAGCUCAACUUUGGAAUGAUAAAGAAAAUGAAGAAGAAGAAGCUAAAAAGAGCAGCAGAGGAAGUUCCGUUGAACCAGAGGCAAUUGUUAAAGGAAAAGCCAGUAAUUUACGAGCUAAAUGGGAAAAUUUAUUCUCAGAUAAAGGAGAAGAAGAUAAGAAACGCGUCGAGGAAGAGCGCGUUCGGCGUCUAGAUCGUGAAAAGAGGGAAAAGGAGGAAGCUCGUCAAGCAGAAGAAGCUCGACAAAAAAGAUUGAGUGCUGAUGCACCAAUUGAGACUGAAGAUACUGAAGAAACUCGUGAAGAACCCGAGGAUGACUCAAGUGAAUCUAAAGAUAACAAAUCUCCCAAAGUUAACCGUAUUGGUGUUUCCGUUUUUCCGUCCUCCUUCCGAUCUUCUAAUGCAAGUAGCAUUGGCCCGACUACAGUAGCUGAAAGCUCUUCAGCUGAAGUUGAAUGUGAGGACAUUGAAGGUGGUUCAAUACUUAAGGAGCGAAGUGAAAAGCACGUUGAAAAAGUUGAAAAGCUUGAUGGUGAUGGAGAAAAGGUUGAGAAGUAUGACGUUUUCUCGGAAAGACAAGAAGUUCAUCGGGCUAAUUAUGGUUUUGUUGAAGAAUCAACUAAAGUUGAAUCGAAAGAAGAAAGAGUUUGGACAUCUUCCUCUUCAGCUGAUAAAUCUGACACUUUAUCAAAAAUUGCUGACAAAUUUAGUGAAAUUAAAGUAACCAGUAAAUCUGAAUCAACAUCUGGUAGCUCAUCAACUGUUGCUACAUCAAAAGCUGAUAGUAUUAACCAAUCACCUGACCAUGUCGAAGAAACCGUUCCAUUAUCGUCCGCCCAAAAGAAAUCAGAAGAUUCGCCAACAUCCCCACCGAACCUUAAAGCUAUAGCUUUAUAUGAUUACCAAGCCGCUGAUUAUGAUGAGAUUAGCUUUGAUCCUGAUGACAUUAUUACUAAUAUUGAAAUGAUUGACGAUGGAUGGUGGAGAGGAGAGUGUAAAGGUUCAAUGGGAUUAUUCCCUGCCAAUUAUGUUCAGCUGCUAGAUGACUCAGGAAAUUAAAGCAAACUAUUUUUCAGUCAGCCAUUUUCAUCUACUAGUGUUUUUUGACUCCAUAUUGUGUCUAUUUUUCAUGUUUACAUUUGAUAAUUAUUAGUAUCUGCAAGCCGAAAGGAGAUUGAACUGAAAUUAUCUGCAAGAAGAAAAACAAAAGAAGAGGCAAAACAUUAUUGAUUGUCAAAUCAAAUCAUUUAAGAUCCAUAAUAAUAUAUUCCAAGAAGCGGCAAAAAUUCAAUUGAUCUACAAAUUUAUCUACAAUCGAAUCGAGAUGAAAGAAGAAGAAAUUAGUUUCUAAAUUAAAUCAUCUAUUUAUUUACAAGAAAUUACUUUAUAAUCAUAACAUGGAGCGACAAGAUCAACAAUCCAAGUUAACAAAGUAUCAUGCAACAAUGAAUAUGCUUCCAUUUGAUGAAACCAAGAAAACCAAUGGAGACAGACAAGCAUGAAAGAUUAAGCUUCAAAGUCCUUCAUUUGAUGAUGCAAAUUAACUCGAUUGAAUAAUCAACCAUUUAAAUCCCAAUGAAUUAAUCGUAAUUCAUGCCUAGUUAACUUUAAUUUAAUUCAUUUUCCAUCAUCUUCUUCUUACAAACUCUUCUUUUACCAGUCAUUUUUGAUUAUUGAUUCAUUUUGAAUCACGAACGCAAAGCAAGAUGCAUUGUAUUUCUUAUAACUCACUAUGAGGCUGUAUCUUAAAAUCAAUUAAAAUGUUAUUGGUUGCAAAA